CCUCUGACCCCUCCCCUCCACCAGAGAGGUAUAGAAGGUGCAGCAGCAUCUGAACCUGCACAAGUGUGCUGCACAAAUCCUGCUCAGCUCAGAGAAAUUGUCCAGCCUCUUCCAGAGACCAUCCAAGCAAGAAACUCGUUACCUGUCGCUGCUACCUCACGUGACCUGAGAGCUUCAUCUAACCCUUGAGACACCAGCGCUGGUCCAUCCAUCCUAAGAUUCACCACCACCGAGCGCCGCAGUCAUGACGAGGGUGCAGCAGCGCUCGCCCGGCUUUCUGGUCCUCUUCCUGGUGGUCCUCAUCGCUGGGAUAGUUUUGUCUGGUCCCUCAACGCCACGCAGGAGCAGAGUCCGACGCCAGAACAUGAAGGUCCGCAUCAACGCCACAGGUGACACCAUAGUGAUGAAGUUUGUACGUCCCAACACCGACACCAAGCUGGAGGGUUACAUCCUGGGCUACGGCAGCAGCAUGUUCUCCAAACAGUUCAUUCAACUACCAGAGAACGGGAAGCCUUACGAGACCGAGUUUGACGCCGAGCCCAAGUAUCUUAUCGCCGUGCAGCCUAUCCCAACCAACGAUGUCAAAAAGCACUGCACAGGGAAAGUGGAAAUGGAUAAGCCACUCCACCUGGUUAUUGGCUCAGUGACACCCACCUCAGUUUUACUCUCCUGGGGGACCCUACUGAAGACCCCCUACGAAGGGAAUAUCAUGAACGACUGUCUCGAGGAUGGACACUACACAGUGCGUUACCGAGAGAGGAACAGGAAGUGGAACUACCAGACCUGCCCGACAAGCGACACGGUCAUUGACAAGCUCAAGCCCAAUGCCGUUUACGAGUUUGGCGUCCAGCCCAGCUCUAAGGACAAGAUUGGAUCGUGGAGCAAGCCUGUUAUCCACAACAUCAGCUCUGGGGUCAUUCAAGAGAAAGUCAUCAGGAAAAUCUUCAAACGUCCCAUCAGCCCUGUGAAACCCCUAGCACAACGUCCUCACUUCCCCUUUACUCCUCGCCAUGUUCUUCAUAAUAGGACACAGGGCAGACUACCUCUCUCCCGCCACAUAACCCCAAAGACAACUCUUGCUCCCACCACAACUACUAGACAGGAACCUCUGUCUACCACUGGAUCCCCAGCACCUGUGACUACCAAACAGCAAAUUGGAGGAGGCCUACCGCAAUCUGUCAUUCCUCUUUUCCACGAGGUCCCCUCAGUUCCUAAUUUCCCACUUCCACUUCAGAUUUCACCUCCAGCAGUUUCUGCACCCGUCCCUAAGCAAAAUAGCGGACAAUCCCCAAAUCAUGCCCCACAUCUAUUAAAUCUUCAUCAACUGCCAACACAAUCCAAGCCCAGACCCCAACAACCCCAAACAGGUUCUCAACCAAAACCCCAGUCUGAUCAGUUAAGAUUCAAGCCCGUAGUUCAACACGAGCCAUAUCCAGAUCUCGAGCUGCAUGCUACAACACAUAACCCAAGUCCAACACAUUAUCAAACAUCACAACCGAUACCCCAAGUAAAUCCUCUGUCAGAAACCAGAUCAAUACCCAAGAUGCAGACAAAAUUGAAAACCCAGACGGAUCCACAACCCCUGUCACAGCCUCAAAGACAUGAUCAAACAUCACAACCUAUACCCCAAGCAAAACCUCAGUCAGAAACCAGAUCAAUACCCAAGAUGCAGACAAAAUUGAAAACCCAGACGGAUCCACAACCCCUGUCAGAGCCUCAAACACAUGAUCAAACAUCACAACCUAUACCCCAAGCAAAACCUCAGUCAGAAACCAGAUCAACACCCAAGAUGAAGACAAAAUUGAAAACUCAGACAGAUCCACAACCCCGAUCACAGCCUCAAAGACAUGAUCAAACAUCACAACCUAUGCCCCAAGCAAAACCUCAGUCAGAAACCAGAUCAACACCCAAGAUGAAGACAAAAUUGAAAACUCAGACAGAUCCACAACCCCUGUCACAGCCUCAAACACAUGAUCAAACAUCACAACCUAUACCCCAAGCAAAACCUCAGUCAGAAACCAGAUCAACACCCAAGAUGAAGACAAAAUUGAAAACUCAGACAGAUCCACAACCCCUGUCACAGCCUCAAACACAUGAUCAAACAUCACAACCUAUACCCCAAGCAAAACCUCAGUCAGAAACCAGAUCAACACCCAAGAUGAAGACAAAAUUGAAAACUCUGACAGAUCCACAACCCCGAUCACAGCCUCAAAGACAUGAUCAAACAUCACAACCUAUGCCCCAAGCAAAACCUCAGUCAGAAACCAGAUCAACACCCAAGAUGAAGACAAAAUUGAAAACUCAGACAGAUCCACAACCCCUGUCACAGCCUCAAACACAUGAUCAAACAUCACAACCUAUACCCCAAGCAAAACCUCAGUCAGAAACCAGAUCAACACCCAAGAUGCAGACAAAAUUGAAAACCCAGACAGAUCCACAACCCCGAUCACAGCCUCAAAGACAUGAUCAAACAUCACAACCUAUGCCCCAAGUAAAACCUCAGUCAGAAACCAGAUCAACACCCAAGAUGCAGACAAAAUUGAAAACCCAGACAGAUCCACAACCCCGAUCACAGCCUCAAAGACAUGAUCAAACAUCACAACCUAUACCCCAAGCAAAACCUCAGUCAGAAACCAGAUCAACACCCAAGAUGCAGACAAAAUUGAAAACUCAGAGAGAUCCACAACCCCUAUCACAGCGUCAAACCACAAGUCAGCCUAAACCACCAAAUCAUCCAAUCACACAGCUCAUACAACCAACACAGUUAAUAAGCAGGCCUGGAUUUGAGGCACAUCCAAAACUGCCUCAACCAACAAAGCAACAUCAACCUCAAAGACAACAAGUUCAAACAAUUCCUUACAUCCUGCCUAAACAACCAGCUCAAUCUUCAACUGAGCCCCAAAUCAAAACAAUUAAAACACAAUCUGAAUCAAAAAUCCAUUUUGAGACAACAUCCCAACCUCUACAGAAAACCCCUCGAGCGCCUUGGCCAAGCACUAAGGAACAGUUUAAAGUGCCUAAACAACCAGCCCAAUCUGCAACUGAGCCACAAAUCAAAACGAUUCAAACACAAUCUGAAUCAGUGACAACAUUCCAACACUUCAUUCUACAUAAAACCUCUCGAGAGCCUUGGCCAAGCACUAAGAAACAGUUUACAGUUCAAUCAACAUCCAAACCAAGGACUAGUUCUUCAACCUCCACGACGCACCCUCUACCGAAGAGAACAUCCCAGCCAGAAGCACACUCACAAACAAAAACACAGCCAAGUCAGCCAGCCAAGUCUCAAAAACAACCGACCAAACACAGUGACCAACCGCAACCUUUAGACAGAACCCAGUCACAGCCUCAGUCUCCUCUUUGGUCAGACCCUCUACCCCAAAGUAAACCUGCUUCCCAAGUCCCACCAACUACACAAAAUCAGCCCCACUAUGAAUCCCAAACCAAGGUAAAUCCUGCACCAGAGUCCAAAGCAGAAGCACAGCCUGGAAUUGAGAUUCAGCCUCGAGUCACGAGUCACUCUGGCCCUAUUGAGGUCCCACCCUUGCAGGCAGUUCCCACUGCUCCUAGUCCACCGGAGAAGGGAAAGCCUCUGCCAAUCCCACCCCCGGCUGCAGAGAAGUCUGAUAGUAACAAUCUUGGUACCAUCAACCGGAGAGUCGAGGCCCCUCGCUCCCACACUCGCUCCUCAGCUAUUCCGUCUGGAAGAAACACAACAUUUUCACGCGUCCGGGUUCCUCCUCACUUCCCUCGCAAUGGUGUCAGACCAUUGCCCACCUCCUCCCACAGCUCCAGGACCUCUGGGGCGCAUCAUAGGAGCAAUGCUCUCCCUAAACCUGGAGCAUGGCCCAAAGAGAAACCUGUUCUGCGCCAAACCAUUCCCGUUAACAAGAGACCCAACCUGGUGGGGAUGCCUAAUGACCAUGAUAAACCCAUGGACCUCAAACAAGGCGACAAGGAGUCCAUCUUGAAACCUUUCCCUCUGGUCACAUCCAAGCCUAAGCACGAGCGUCGGCAGCAGAUAACCACAACUACUCCGCCAUUAAACAGCAGCCGCUUUGACGUGAAUGAAAAUUCCUCCAUCUUCAGGCCCCUGCCUGCAUCCGAUGUGGACAUUAUGGGCAAGAAGCGCUAUGUGGCUCCUCACGUCGUCUACAAGACUGAUAAGAAGCCAGACGAGCCGUGUUCCAUCACGUCCUCCCUGAGUUACUUCCCAGACGAGGAGGACGGCAGCGAUCAGAACGUGACGGCUGUCCCCCGAAUCCCACCCACCAACCUCACCGUGGUCACAGUCGAAGGGUGUCCGUCUUUUGUCAUACUCGACUGGCAGAAAACCGAUAAUGAAACCAGAGAAUAUGAGGUCGUAUCAACAGCUAAAGGACCCAAUGGAGAAGAAGUGUCCAUAUUGACGACAACAAACCAGACACACACGGCAGUAGAGAAUCUAAAACCAGAAAGCAGUUACGAAUUCAAAGUGACACCCAAGAACGAGCUGGGAACGGGACCUUCCAGUGAACCUGUGUCGUUCAACACAGAGUCAGCUGACCCACGAGUGAGUGAAAACGUAUCAGGAAAAGACGCCAUCUGGACGCAAUUCCCAUUUAAGACGGACGGCUACUCGGAAUGCAAUGGGAAGCAAUAUAUAAAGAGGACGUGGUACCGAAAGUUUGUGGGCAUCCAGCUGUGCAACUCCCUGCGAUAUAAGAUCUACCUUAGUGACUCGCUCAAUGGGAAGUUCUACAAUAUCGGGGAUCAAUCAGGUUACGGUGAGGACCACUGCCAGUUUGUGGACUCCUUCCUAGACGGGCGGACUGGGACACAACUGUUUGCUCACCAGUUACCUCCCAGGCUAGGUUACUUCCGGGCGCUGAGACAAGAGCCGGUUGGCUUCGGUGAAAUUGGCGGCAAGUCGCAUGUCACUUACGUGGGCUGGUACGAAUGCGGCACGCCCAUUCCCGGCAAGUGGUAACACCUCCAGGCAGUCCAGAAGAAAGUCUGGAAAACAAGUACCAAAGGUGUCUAACGUGAAGGGACUUUCCUGUCACCAUAAACCAGGGGUGGAGAACCUUUUUCCACCCAUUUAGAUACUAAGGGCCAUAGUAAAUUCAUUAAAAAAAAAAACAUGACUGAGCAAAUGUCUAUUAUUAUAUAUUAUUAGCAUUUGUUGGUUGGAUGUUCCGCUGAGGAUUUGUUUUUAGAAUUAUAUGGCAGGCUGGAUGAAAUGUUCUUGCAGCCCCUGCCAUAGACACUGUAGAUUGGUGGUAUGGGGGGGGCGUCUAAGGUUUCUACAAGGUAUGAAAGGGUUCAGGAAACAAAUCGUGGAUGUUGUAAAAGUGUCAAAAUGGAUGCAUGAGUGGUCAAAAUGUUAAUUAUACAGUCAUUGUUCUGAAAAUUGUUGGGAAGCUGGCUCCCAAAAUGUAUGAUACUAUUUAUCAAGGGGUCGUUACAAGAUUAUAGCGCAUGCUUGUACAUUCCAGAGGACAUAUACUUGCAUGGCUACACACCCACACCCACACACACCAUUUCUAUGCAGAAACAAAGUGCCACUCAUAUAAUGAUUGUACAUUUGUAUGACACAUGCGAGACCGACAGUUUGCUGUUCCUGAGGAAUUGCUAGCAGUUGCAGAUUGCACAGUAUUAUACUUUUGUUUAUAUAUAUGUGUAUGUAUAUGGAGUGAUUUUUUUUUUUUUUUUGUCUACCAGGGAUAGUUUAAGAUUGUUGGAAGAAAGAAAAAGUGCAACAUGUUUGGAAAUCAGCUUCUAUGAUGUAGUUUUGAAUACUAACCUUUUUUCCAAUGUGGCUGUUCGAUAGAAAUAUUUGUUGAAACAUUUUGCAAACUGUACAUAAUUUUCAAAUUAUUUCUUACAAAUACUUUUGUGUUGCAACAUAUCAACUGUUAUUGAGCAAUAAAUCUGGUUUUGAUAUUAACUGA